AUGUCCUCUGACGCAAAGUCUAUCAAGACCAUGGAGCCCAUCAUUCACGAUGUCUUUGAACCCGACACUGGCACAUGGCAGUACGUUAUUGCGGAUCCAUCCACGAUGAGCGCCGCCAUCAUCGACCCGGUCCUGGACUAUGAUCGCACCACCCAGAGCCUCACCACUCGGACCGCCGACUGUUUGCUGGCACUGGUCAAGGAGAAGGGAUACAGAGUCGACUGGAUCUUGGAAACUCAUGUCCAUGCAGACCAUCUCACGGCGGCGUCGUACCUGCAGAGCCGCCUCGCACGGGAGCAGGGAUACAGUCCGUCUAUCGCCAUUGGCAAACGCAUCGGCCAAGUGCAGAAGUUCUUUGGCAAGCGAUACGGGGUCCCAGAGGACCAAUAUGGAGUCGUUUUUGACCAUCUCAUGGACGAUGAUGAGACGUUCGAAAUUGGCAAUAUGAGCGCGACAGCGAUCCAUCUCCCUGGUCACACGCCCGACCAUAUGGGCUACAAAGUUGGAGACAACGUCUUUUGUGGCGAUUCUGUUUUCCACGCCGACAUUGGUACUGCUCGGUGCGAUUUCCCCGGUGGCAGCGCUGAUAGCCUGUUCGCCUCAGGCCGCAAGCUACUCAGUCUGCCAGAUCAUGUCAAGAUAUGGACCGGCCACGAUUAUCCCCCGCAGGAUCGCGGCUCUCCCAGGGCGUACAUGACCGUCCAUGAGCACAGAGAGCAGAAUAAGCAUCUCAAGGACGGCAUCACAGCCGAAGAGUUUGUCGCCAUGCGCAAUGAGCGUGAUGCGAAGCUGGCGGCCCCGAGGAUGCUGCAUCAGUCGCUGCAAAUAAACAUUCGAGGAGGACGAUUGCCCACCCCGACCGAUGAAGGUGAUCGAAUGUUGCGACUGCCACUCGAUUUGAAAGGCACAGAAUGGUAG